AUGAAAAUAGCCAAAGCUAAAUUUAGAGAUCAAGAAGUCAACUGCUGUCUCGAACCGGGAUUUUUUGGGCCAGCUAUGUGUAGCGAUAAAGUUCUCAAGCAUAUUGGUGGGAAAAUCACUAGACGAAUCAGUUCUGAAGAUAAAGAUAGUAGAUUUUUCAGGGAGAUGACUACACAUCCGAUUGGAUGGACCGUGAUUCAGCUUACUUUUACUUCAAGUGCAAAAUGUAGUCGAUUUAGCAAACAAGAUAUAUCUAUUACAAUUCCAACCCAGGUAUUAAUCGUAAAACAUCAUCCCGAAUUUCCCAAUUAUAUUAUGUUAGGGUUUGAUUGGUUCACUGGUCGAAAAUAUGAUGAUGAUGAACUCCAGACAUAUAGAGCAGAAAUUGUAACUGAUGCGGAGGAUGGUUGGGUAAGAAUAACUCUUCGUAUCAAAAAUCUCACCAAAAGAAAAGGAAAAUCCAUAAUAGUACCUGUGUAUAAAUUUGAUAGAAGCAAAGCUUCAUUGCUACGCAAUAAUCAAUCGGGUUCUUCUGAUUCUCGCUUACAGCAAAAUAAAAGCAAGAAAAAUAAGGUCAAGUAUUCCAUCAUAAAAUCGGAAUCAGAUACUAACUCUGAUACUUCUGACUCCAGCACUUCUUCGUUUAGUUUGGGAUCAGAAGAUACACAUAUAUAUAAGAGCGUGUAA